AUGUCUGCAGUUGAGGAAGUUGCGUAUGCUCUACAAGCCUUACGUAAUGGCCACCAGGAACCUGCGCCUUUGACACUAGAUUCCCAGGGCCUUCUCUUUCGCUACAGUGAGCCUUGGGUAAAGUUGAGAUCUCUAGCUUUUGCUCUUGCGGAUGAAUUGAGGACUCCUGUCACGGGACAACAUCAGAUCGAUAAUAUGCACUUCAAAGAUGUUGUCGAACGUUACAUGCAGAGGAUGAAGACCGUCAUUGACAACAUUGGCAAUCCAGAAACAGCGGAUCCGCCUCGUAAAGAUGUAAACUUGCCACCGUCAGCCGUCAUCGAGCGUCUUUUAUCUGAUUCUCUCCGAGAGCUUGAGAGUCAGAUCAGCUCCGGAAGGAGUAUUCUGGACAUACGUGAAUUUGUCCUCACUCGUCACAAGUCAAAAAUAUUGAAGAAACUUUCAGAGAUUCAUCGAGGGAUUCAUAAUAGGGCGGAGCUCCAACAAAGGCUCAAUUCAGUGAAACUAUAUUUGAAGCUAUACAUGCGGGCCGUUAAGCGUAUGCUGCGCGAGCACGAGUAGAGGAAGAAGGGGUUGAUACACUCGGAGGCAAAACCGGUGUCGGGAUCUUGUACUCAAUUGUUUCCCAAGUCCCUGCGCCAAGCGGGACUAAACUACAUUAAAACAGACGCCAAGACGGGUAUAAUUCAUCGUACUGUGUAUGGUAUUGUAUCACACAUACUACGGAGUAUAUAUGUAUAGAUUCCAGUCAAGUUCUAAAAUACG